UUUGUUUUUAUUUGAGUUAAUUUAAUGCAUUUUUCUGUAUGUUUCCAGAUGGGGUGUGAGUGGGUUUGGUUGGAUUCUGGACAUGACUCUCCUGAUGACUCUGAGCUGAGCAAUGACUGCAGGUCCCUCUUCAGCUCCUGGGACUCCAGUCUGGACCUUGAUGUGGGCAGCUGGAGGGAAACUGAGGCUCCAGAUACAGAGGCUGAAGACCUAGAGGAAAGCAGCCCAGAGAGAGAAUCUAGUGAGUUUCUUGUGGAAGAUGUCGAGAGUGAAGGACCUCAGGAGGAGGCGGAGCAAGGCAGCGGCCAGAACCCCCUCCACUCCCUCUCCGAGGGGGAGGCUCAGCAAGACUCCAAAGAGGAGGACCAGGGUGAAGGGGAUGCUUCAGAUGUGGAAGACCAGCCCCCUUUAGGUGACUAUGAUGAUGGCGUGGGCAUUCAGGAAACUCCCCUGGUGGAUAUCCUUUACAACUGUUCCAACUCCUCACAACUGAAUGACCUAAGCCAAGGUGAUCCUAUUCAGGAUCAUUUCCUAUUUAAGAAGACUCUUUUGCAAGUCUGGAAGAUGAUUGCCAGUCACAGGUUCAGCAGUCCAUUUCUGAAGCCUGUGUCAGAAAAGCAGGCCCCGGGAUACAAGGAUGUGGUGAAAAGACCCAUGGACUUAACAACCCUGAAAAGGAACCUGUCUAAGGGACGCAUUCACACCAUGGCUGAGUUCCAGCGGGAUCUGAUGCUGAUGUUCCAGAACGCUGUGAUGUACAAUGACUCUGACCACCACAUAUACCACAUGGCUGUGGAGAUGCAGCACGAAGUCUUGGAGCAGAUCCAGGUGCUGAGUACUUGGCUAGACAAAAGGAAGGACUUGAGUAGUCUGGGGUGAGUGCCAGCGAAUGCAGUGGAUGAAGGAAGUUUGUUCUGUUAGCCUGAAACUGCAAGUCUGAAUCCUUCUCAAGUUUAUAGCUCUCCUGAAGACUGGCCAGAGAAGAGCCGAAGACUUACUCCUUCUCCAUUAGCUUCCCUAAUAAGGAUAAGAAGCCCUACUUCCCUGCUGAGGAGUCAAUGGUGCUUGCAGAUAUAUUAUUUUUAAAGGGGUGGGGUGGGGUGCUGAGAUCCCGAUUUAUGAUGUAAAUAUUGCCCAUAUUUUUGUUGUGUAGACUUAGAAGUGAUUUAAUUGAAUCUUUUGUUUCUCUAUGAAUAAAUAUUUCACAAACCAAA